AAGGCUAAUAAAACCCCGCCGGAUCUCCUGGGAGCAAACUCUGUAUUUAAAUCAGUGCGUGAGGUCGGGGGGGAAACAUAGAAGUGAGAUCGAAAUUCAAAUAAAAGCCUGAAAAGUUGUUCGUCUCUCCUCGGCUAUCUUCCUUCUCUCUCGUUGUUUUUUCGAGGAUUCUUAUUUAGGCCUCUACUCCAUUCGAAGAGGAGAAAAAUGCUUCCUCUUUCUGUACUAAAAACUGCUCAGGGCCAUCCUAUGCUGGUGGAACUAAAAAAUGGGGAGACUUAUAACGGACAUUUGGUCAAUUGCGACACUUGGAUGAACAUACAUCUUCGAGAAGUCAUCUGCACUUCAAAGGAUGGAGACAGGUUUUGGCGAAUGCCGGAAUGCUAUAUCCGUGGAAAUACUAUCAAGUAUCUUCGAGUUCCUGAUGAGGUAAUUGAUAAAGUUCAGGAAGAAACAAAGAGCCGUGCAGAUAGGAAGCCUCCUGUUUUAGGGCGUGGCAGAGGAAGAGGUAGAGAAGAUGGCGCCAAGGGUGCAGGUGGACGAGGCAGGGGUGGGUCAGGUGGAAAGACCAGUGGAAGCAGAGGUAGUGGCCAAGGUCGAGGUUGAUGUCGUGCUGCUUUAUAUUGGACAACAUUGCUAUUUUUAGAAGCAGGUUGCAUCCAAAUAACUGAAAUAUGUUUCUAUCGUUUUUUUAAAUGUCAGAAUGGUCCAAAUAACCAAUAUUAUGUAAA